UUUGGGGCAAGAAUUUUCCUGUGCAGAAAUCCUGUCAAACUGCUGCCAGACAUGCCUUUUCUGUGCUUUCAUUUCCAAGGGCUAGAGUAUUCUUGGCUAGAGGAAGUUGUGGCCUAACAGAAGCUAGCCUGCUAGGUCUCUGGACAAAAUGGGGAAUGGAUCAGUGAAACCCAAGCAUCUGAGGUGGCCGGAUAGACAUGUAGCAAAUCUCUCUAUUGGCUGUGCUGGCAACCAUAAGUUUUUGAAGGACCCAGGUCUAGGCAUCAGUGCGAUCAAUGGGCAAGCUGAUGUUCUUUGCAGCAGGGUGCUUGAACUGGAAAAGGAGCUGAAGAGAAAAGAUCAAGAGUUGCAAGAGGGUCAAAGUUGUGUUGCUGAGCUUCAGGAACAGCUGGCUAUGCAGACUAAGGUCAUAGCAGAACUCACCAAGGAACUUCAGAGCAAGUGUAUACAGUUGAACAAGCUGCAGGAUGUUGUUAGCACUCAAGGAGAGCACUCUCUUCAGCUUUCUCCGUUUAAAGUGGCUUCAAGGAUUCAAGUCUCUGCCGAUAGGAGGAGAGGAGCCAAGGAAGGUGUAUCUGCAGAGCCAACAACACGGCUGUAUGAUUUGAACAGGCAAGCUACAUUUUCCUUUGAAAAAGCAAGAGUCCGAAAGGAUUCCAGUGAGAAGAAGCUUAUCACAGAUGCCCUGAAUAAAAAUCAAUUCUUGAAGAGACUGGAGCCUCACCAGAUCCGAGAUAUGGUGGAAUGUAUGUAUGAAAGGACUUUCCAGCAAGGGAGUUACGUCAUCAGACAGGGAGAGCCAGGCAAUCACAUUUUUGUGCUCAAAGAGGGCAGUCUGGAAGUCUUUCAGCAGAAUAAACUACUCUCCUCAAUACCUGUGUGGACAGCAUUUGGUGAACUAGCCAUUUUAUACAACUGCACACGAACAGCCUCUGUGAAAGCAAUCACCAAUGUUAAAACAUGGGCAUUGGACAGAGAAGUGUUCCAAAAUAUCAUGAGAGUGACAGCACAAACAAGACAAGAGCAAUACAGAACCUUCCUUAGAAGUGUGUCCCUGCUGAAAAACUUACCUGAGGAUAAAUUAACCAAGAUCAUGGACUGCCUGGAGGUGGAAUACUAUGACAAGGGAGAUUAUGUUAUUCGGGAAGGAGAAGAAGGAAAUACCUUCUUUAUAAUAGCAAAAGGAAAGGUGAUAGUUACCCAGAGUACUGCAGAUCACUCACAGCCUCAGCUGAUUAAAAAUCUACAUAAAGGAGAUUACUUUGGAGAAAAGGCUCUCAUCAGUGAUGAUGUCAGAUCAGCAAACGUUAUUGCAGAUGAAUACAAUGUGGAGUGCCUCGUUAUAGACAGAGAGACAUUUAAUCAAACUGUUGGAACUUAUGAGGAGCUCCAAACUUACCUUGAAGGUUAUGUGGCUAAUCUGGCCCGGGCUGAUGAAAAGCGACAUGCAAAAGGGAGAUCUUUCUGUGGACAGUUGACCAAAGAGGUGUCUUUGGAGAUGAUAGAGCUGAAGGAGAAAGUAGCCCAGUUACCUCCUUCCCCAUUCCAGAAUUUAGAAGUUGUCACAACUCUGGGUGUUGGUGGGUUCGGAAGGGUUGAGCUUGUUAAAGUGAAAAAUGAGAACAUGGCUUUUGCUAUGAAAUGUAUAAAGAAGAAACACAUAGUGGACACCAAACAACAAGAGCAUAUCUAUUCUGAGAAGAAAAUCCUCGAGCAGAUAUGUUCUCCAUUCAUUGUAAAACUAUAUCGCACAUUCAAAGAUAGUAAGUACGUAUACAUGCUUCUGGAGGCUUGCCUUGGAGGGGAGUUGUGGAGCUUGCUGAGAGACAGAGGCAGCUUUGAUGAAGCCACUACCAAGUUCUGUGUUGGGUGUGUGACAGAGGCUUUUGACUAUCUACAUCACAUAGGAAUUAUCUACAGAGACCUGAAGCCAGAAAAUUUGAUUUUGGAUGCCGAAGGAUAUAUAAAACUGGUUGAUUUUGGAUUUGCAAAGAAGAUUGGAUCAGGGCAGAAAACAUGGACGUUUUGUGGAACCCCUGAGUAUGUUGCCCCUGAAGUCAUUCUGAGUAAAGGCCAUGACUUCAGUGUGGAUUUUUGGUCCCUUGGGAUUCUUGUGUAUGAGCUCCUUACUGGCAGUCCACCAUUCUCUGGGGCUGAUCAAAUGAUGACAUAUAAUUUGAUUCUCAAAGGCAUUGAAAAGCUGGAUUUUCCUAAAAUAGUAACAAGGCGUCCUGAAGAUUUGAUACGCAGGCUCUGCAGGCAAAACCCUACAGAAAGAUUAGGCAAUCUGAGGAAUGGAAUUAAUGACAUCAAGAAGCACAGGUGGUUGAGUGGUUUUAACUGGGAUGGUUUGAAAGUGAGGAAAUUAACAUCGCCUUUAAAAAGAGAGUUGUCUGGACCGACUGAUUACAGCUACUUUGACAGCUAUCCACCUGAAGAGGGAACCCCUCCAGAUGAACUUUCAGGCUGGGACAAGGAUUUCUGAUAUUUUUUUCUUCCAGAGCAUUUAUAGAGAUUCAUAGGCAUCAGUUCUAAACCUGCUCUCUUGUUUCUUGCUUAAAACAAAUUACACAAGGUUUGUGACAAACACAGUGUUCCUUGAAGGACAGAAGACAGUACAGCAACCAGAACUAGUUUGGAUGAUACACCAAAAUCUGUGUGCAUCUGUUUAUAACAAGGGCAUGCAUUCAGUCAGCAGAUGUAAC